GGCGUCACUUACUUUUCUUAUCUACUUAAAUUUUAUUAUAGUAAUAUAAAUUUGUGAUAGAUAGUUAAUUUGCAUUCUUCCGAUUUCAUAUUUAGUUAUAGUAUUUCAUGAGCUACUCUGAUUUCUACUAAAGUGGGGUGGAAUGCUCCACUUCACAAAGUGUUACCAUUAUGAAGACAUAAAUUAUAUUGCCUAGUCCUUGUGUUAAUUGUGCCAGUGGUGAGGGAUUCCUAAAUACUCAUUGGAUUACAUUUGAUCUCUUGGAAUCCCUAAUCUGGAUUGUGAUAAACUAUGAAAAUGGUUUUAUCUCAACGGCAAAGGGAUGAGCUGAACAAGGCCAUUGCAGAUUACUUGGCAUCGAGUGGAUACAUGGAUGCCUUGGAAGCAUUCAAGAAAGAAUCAGAUCUGCAUGGUGAAAUGGAUAAAAAGUACUCAGGUAUACUUGAAAAGAAAUGGACUUCUGUCAUUAGGUUACAAAAGAAGGUUAUCGAUUUAGAAGCAAAGUUAGCUGAAGCUGAGCGAGAGUUUAUCGCUGGUGCUCCUACUCGUGACAAGCGAUCACCUGCAGAAUGGAUCCCUCGACCACCCGAGCGACAUUGCUUAUCUGCACACAGAGCUCCUGUUACAAGAGUAGUAUUUCACCCACUAUAUAAUGUUAUAGUAUCUUCUAGUGAAGAUGCAACAAUUAAAGUUUGGGAUUAUGAAACUGGUGAAUAUGAGAAAACUCUUAAGGGCCAUACUGAUUCAGUUCAGGAUCUUUGUUUUGAUCAUACUGGCAAAUGGUUAGUUUCUUGUUCUGCUGAUAUGACGGUAAAGCUAUGGGACUUCACUCUCUUCGAAUGUGUGAGAACUAUGAGAGGUCAUGAUCAUAAUGUGUCGUCAAUAGCCUUUUUGCCUAGUGGAGAUCACAUCGUGUCGUCUUCCAGGGAUAAAACUAUAAAAAUGUGGGAAGUGUCAACUGGAUACUGUGUGAAAACAUUUACUGGUCAUAGAGAGUGGGUAAGAAUGGUUCGUGUUAAUCAAGAUGGAUCCCUUUUAGCUAGUUGUUCUAAUGACCAGACUGUGCGAGUCUGGGUCGUAGGCACGAAAGAAUGCAAAUUAGAACUGAGAGAACAUGACCACGUAGUAGAAUGUGUAGCCUGGGCUCCUGAAUCAUCUGCAGCUGCAAUUAAUGAUGCCGCGGGUGUUGAUAACAAACACGGUGUCAGGACUGGACCAUUCCUGGUUUCAGGUUCUCGUGAUAAAACCAUCAAAAUAUGGGACAUAAGUAUUGGAAUUUGCUUGUUUACACUUCCUGGACAUGACAAUUGGGUUAGAGGUGUGAAGUUUCAUCCAGGAGGCAAAUAUCUUGUUAGCGCAUCAGAUGAUAAAACUCUACGUGUGUGGGAUGUAAAAAAUAAGCGUUGUAGCAAAACUAUUGAAGCACAUACCCAUUUCUGCACCUCAGUAGAUUUUCAUCAUUGUGCUCCUUUUGUGAUUACUGGAAGUGUGGAUCAGACUGUAAAGGUAUGGGAGUGUCGCUAAUGAUGCAACUUACGAUACUCUAUAAUAGCCAAAAAUAUAUGAAAAAAGAAGUCAUACAUUCUAACAGCUUUAGCUGUUCACCAACUGAAGAAUAAAUCAAAUACAGCUAAAACAAUAGUGAAAUUUAAUUUGUAUUGCAAGAAUGCAUGUUAUAUCUUUCUAUAAUAUUAAGUGCAAAAAAUUAAGCUUGCUGUUUCAAUGUUUGAAUUUCCCACAUGCAAAUCUUGAUUUUUCACUUAAAUUAUUGUAUUUUACAGAUAUUUGUACCAAUUAUUUUACCAGUAGUGUGAUUUUAUUUGAAAAUAUUAAUUCAAAAAUUUUAACAAUUGAAAGGCUUGCGGCUUAUCAAUAAAUAAAAAAAUUAACUUAUAUAUUGGACUUAGAGGAGGUAUUGUACAGAAUGCUUCCACCACAGUUAUCUUGUAUAAGCUUGUAAAAAAAAUUUAUGGAUUUAUUUAAUAUUUAUUAUGGGGAAUUUUAUUUUAUUAUCAAUAUUAAUUGAUGUAAAAAAAAUUUAAAGAAAAUUCUAAUUGAUUGAAAAAUAGAACUUCCUGUCUACUAAAGUUUGCCUUGCCAUUUUUAGCUGGAAAUUUGUGCUGCUUUAUCAUUGUUUUCAAAUUUAUCUUUCCUUUUUCUUAUCUUUAUUUCUGUAAAAAAUAAAAAAAAAUGAAAUCUUUUAUUGUGUAAUUGUUAUGUGGCUUAAUUUAAUGAGAUCUGUUUCUAAUCUUGUAUAAAUAAAAUAUUUAUAAGUGUGUGUAUAUAAUUUCAUUUUCAAUGAUGAAUUAAAAAUGCUUCUGUAAGUGGUUUAAAAAAAAACUGUGAUAUGGGCUUAUUUUUACAUUAUGUUUACUUUGUGUACUAUAAAAUGUAGUGCUGAUGUUGUAUUGAUUCUUUUUUUCCCCUUAAAUUGCUGUUUUAAAAUUAAAUAUCAAAUAAUUAAAAUUUUAAUAGUGAGGAAAUUUGAGUUAAAAAUUUGAUCUUGAUAAUAAAACAUACUUUUAUUAUAUGACUAAAUAUUUGUCUACGCAGAUUUUCUUGCAAGUUGUAGUUUCAAGUGUAAAGGUAAAAAAAAUUAAUAAAUAAAUAAAAUGUAAUAUUUUUAAUUAUUAUAAAUAAACAUGGGAUUAGAUUUUAUUUCAAACACUUGUUAACUAUCAAUUGUUGUACUGGAACUUUCCCAAAUAUUGCUUUAUCACUGAAAUUUUAGUAUAUAACUCAUAACUGAUAUAUCAUUUAUUGUUACAGUACUAACUUUUUGGCUAUAUUUUUAUUUUUGAUAUUAAACAUUUUUAUCAUAUUUCUGUAAUUGUUUGGAGCAACAAAAUAAAUGAUUUUCUUUAAAAAAAGGAAGAAAAAAAAGUUAUCUGCAUGCAAUGCUUAGGAUUUUAGGUAUAAUAAUAUUGCAGGUACUCCUAAUUUUUUAAAACAUACAUGUUUGUACGUGCGAAUUUUUUACUUCAAAUUUUGACUUUUCUUUUCCAUAACAAAUUAAAAUUUAACGUUAAAUUCAACUGUCUGAGUUACAAAAUUUAAAUACUAUUUGUUUUUUAUACGAUAAUUAAAAAAAAAAAUUUGUAUGAUUUUGGCCAGAAAAAAAAAAGAGUUGAAAUGUCAGCUGCACUUUGUAGUUACCAACCAUUAGCUCCCAAAAUCUUAUCAAAUAAAUCAAUAUUGUACUGCUGAAAGUUGAUUGUUAAAAGUAUUGUGAAAACAAAGCUAUGUCGUUUAGGAAUCUAUAUAAAUUAUUUUGUGCAAAGUAUUAGCUUUGUAGAAAAUAGCUGUAGACAAAAAUGAUUCAUUUGUACAUAUUUUGCUCGACCAUGUUUCAGGCCUUGGAGCUUUCUCUUUUCUUUGAAAAAGCUGGGUUUAUACAAGUUCUAGGUAGAUAAAAUCUAUUUGAAAAAUAAAAUCCUCAAAUCUGCCAAUGGAACUACAGUUGUGCAUGUUUUAUUAGCAGUGUUAAAAGCUUGUACGUUCAACCUCCAAAUGAUUGUUAAUUAAUAAAACUACAAGUACUGCUGUGAAAUAUUGCAAAAUUGUACAUAAUUAUGGCUGAUAGGCCAACUCGCACUUUUAAAAAUAACACCUUGCAUUGUGCAACAUUUUGUGUUUAUAUUGGCUUAAUAAAUUGUAUUGUCAUGA